GAUUUCAAGCGGAAGUGCGCCAAGGCACCUGUACUGGCGGAAAAAAUGAAUCUUGAUGAUAGUAUAGCUCAGAUAUCGUCUAUGUGUCCAUCUUAUACUUACGAUGAGAUUAAAUACGAUUUGUGUAUUACAAACAACGCUGAACUUACAGUUAAUCGAUUACUCGACAAAUCGAUUUCAGAUGAAGCAGAAGCGCCACCUGUCAUGGAUUUUAGUAGUGAAGAUGAAGAAUUGCCUCAAGUUUAUAAACCUACACGUUUAACAAACAGAGAAACACUAAGCCAAGCAAAUGUGCAACAGCAGAUUCCAAGACACACAACUUCAAAAACAUUAAAAGAGAAAAUAUCUAUCAUAUUGGAUAGUGAUGAAGAUGAAAUUACUGAUACAUUCGCAAAAACAAAUGGGCCACCUAAUCGAGUAAAUCAUAGUAUGUCAGACAGUUCAGAUGAGGAACCCUGUUUACCAUCUCUUAAAGACAGAUUAAGUACUGUAUGUAGUAGUACCAUUCAUAGUAAAGUCAGCUCACUCUCACAUAUAUCAAGAACAGUUACUACCGGAAAAGAGCAGCACACAACAGAAAAAAGAGUAUACCAAAAUGCUCUAAGUUUUGGAAGUUUGAACAGUAAAUUCCAUUCAAAUGAAGAGCUUUCAGAAGAAUUAGCACUUAGUGAUUGUCAAAACACAGAGAGAUCAGCCACUGACAAUGAGAGCCAGUCUACAGUAUCUAUAUCACAGUCUUCUGAAUGCAGUGUAGGGGAAAUCUCAAAGAGAAAGAGAACAAGAGAGGAAAUAGCAAUUCAGAAAAAAGAAGCGGAGAUUAGGAAAAGGGAUAAAAAGAAAGCCAGAGAGGAAAAGGUGUUGUCUAAAGAACUGGAAAAACAAAGAAAGGAGCAAAUUCGUAUUGCAGAAAGAGAAAGGAAGAAACAAAUGGGUGGAUCCAAAGAUUGUUUGCAGUACAUUGUUUUGGUGCUGGAUACUCGCAUUGUGAACUCGGGAGGUCAUGGGGUGGCCAUCUUUAAGGCUUGUGAGGCACUGGGAGUACAGUACAUCACACAGGAACAGACAGUGCCAUUUAGCAUCACCUGGAACAGACAGGUCACCAGUGUAAAUAUCUCUGAAGGAAAUCAGGUUGAAACAGUAAAAUCGGAGGUGAUGGAGGAGGAUGUCCUAGUCUUGCUGCCUGUGGCUGACUUUGUCAAGUUCGUACAGAAUCAUAAAAAGAGUCCAUACAGAAUGGAAGAUGAUGGGCCUACGUUGACAAGCUACGUACACACAGUUAAACAAUAUUUGCCUGACUCCAUUUUAUCAUUUAUAGUCAUAGGCAUGGAAAAAUACUUCAGAGAUCAGAAAACACAAUUCCAAAGGAAACACAGAGCUGCCGUAUUGACCAGUGAGAAAGUAGAUACCAGUGUCGACUCAGGCAGUGUUACACGUUUGGAUGUAGAGGAGGCAAUAACAGAAAACCAGCUUGAGACUGAUGUCAUGGUGUUCUUACUGGAAACUUCUGAGGAACUGGCAGAAUUUGUACGCACUUUUUCCAAGGCAGUGGCAGAAAAGCCUGCAAAGAAAGAUCGUCUACAAACAGCUUUCUUUGAUGAUGGUAUAGCUACAAUGAAAGUUGACAAGAACGGACAUGGUCUUCUGAAAGUUUGGAAACAACAGUUGAUGCAGUUUAAAAACAUCAGUCCUGACAUUGCUGAUGCUAUUGUGGUGGCCUACCCAUCUCCACAACUAUUAAUGGAGGCAUACAGAAAAUGCAGUGAUUUAACUGAACAAGAAAAAUUACUGGAAAAUAUUGUGAAAAUGAAUAUGUUGAUUAAAUGUACAUCUCAGAAGACAUCUUGAUGGUUAUCAGCUAUAUUCAGCAUUGAUUGUGAGCCAUGGGAGUCCACCUGAAUUAUAUCAUGGUUUGAGCUGAAUGCCGAAUAUGGCUGUUGAUGACCACUGGUAUGAUCUUCUGAGUAGGUAAGACGAGGAGCUGGUGUAUUGGAGACAUCGCGCAGAGUGGGAAAAGAAAUGUCAAGAAGAAUCUACACAUUUAUGAUUAGUUCGAAUCCAAAUGAAAUCAUAAAAUGACAGGUUGUAAAUUGUGAAGAAUGAACAGCCCUGAAACAAUACUCUUUUUACAGAUAUACAUGUAUUUGCCAUUUACUAUGAAUCAAAUUUAGUAAUAAAUUAUGUAGCAUUUUAAAA